AUGCUUUUGCUGGCUGCUCUGACGCUACUCCUCAUCCCAGUCCGGUCCCAGACGGCGGAUAGCAAUGCCACGGCCAACAGCAACCCGGCACACCCAACACUCGCCGAGUUCAGAGAGGCGUCGUACACGUUCUUCUCGCGCAUGCGGGACGCGGGCUACGGCCAAACGUCAGCCGUCGUCUUCGGCGCCGCCUCCAUCAAGAACCACUUCCCGGACUUCCGCUCCACGCCGGACCUGGACUUGGUCAUCUUCGAGCCCUACGACCUCCGCCUCGACACCAUCCUCGAGGCCAUGGUCGCCGGCAGCGGCGGGAAGCUAAGCUGGGAGAACGACAAGGAGCUGCUGUACUACAACGGCGAGCAGCCGCCUGGUGGGCGCCGCGUGCACCUGGACGCCGGGUACGUAGAUUUCGGCGAGCUCUACGGCACCGGUAUGACGUCGUCGGCGGCCGCAGCGGAUACGGUGACGUCGGCAGACGCGGUGCCGUACGCGACGCCGGAGGAGAUGUUCAUCAUCAAGAUCUGCGCAGCGCGGUCGCGCUCGGCGCUGGCGAAGUCGCUGCAGGACGUCGCCGACGCUGAGUUCAUCGCGGAGCGCGUGGCGGGCCCCGUGCUGCAGCUGGUCGGGGAUCCGCCGGAGAAGGCGGUCGAGUGCCUCAAGGCGUUCCUGCCGCGAUCCAAGUACCCCAGGGAGUGGUGGUUGAAGAAGCUCGGAGUCGGUUCGCUGGAGUACUGCCGGACGGACGGAGGCUAUGUUCAGCGGGAGAUGGGAAGGGUGAAGGACGUGUGUUGGGGCAAUGCGGUGCUGCUGGAGGGUCAACUGUAG